AUCAUAGAGCAAGUAGUUCCUUUUUAUUCAAGAAUUAAAAAAAAAAACACACACACAGAUGAUUUAGCAAACAGAUGAACUGUUUCAUCUUCUACGUAAAAUCCUUAGAGCGUGAGCAUGAAGUACGUGAAGCUAGGUUACCAUUGCCUCAUAACCCACAUGUGGAAGCUUUGUCUAGUUCCGUUAAUGGCGGUCGUAGCCAAAGAUGCCACUCGGCUUAGCCCAGAUGAUCUUCGACAUCUCUGGCUCCAUCUCCAGUACAACCUCGUCGGAGUUGUCGUCUUCUCCGCCGCUCUUAUCUAUGGGUCGACCGUCUUCAUCAUGACCCGACCCAGAUCCGUUUACCUCAUUGACUACUCGUGCUACAAGCCUCCAUCGACUCUGGAGGCGAAUUUUCAGAAAUUCAUGGACCAGUUGAGGCUCGUUGAAGAUUUUGACGACUCUUCGCUCGAGUUUCAGAGGAAGAUCAUCGAGCGUUCCGGUCUCGGCGAAGAGACACAUCUCCCGGAGGCUUUCCACUGUAUUCCUCCGAGGCAGACAAUGGUGGCGUCGCGAGAGGAGACCGAGCAGGUAAUAUUCGGUGCCCUCGACAAUCUUUUAGAAAACACCAAGAUUAACCCUAGGGAAAUUGGGAUAUUGGUCGUGAACUGUAGCCUGUUCAACCCAACACCUUCCUUAUCUGCCAUGAUCGUGAAUAAGUACAAGCUUAGGGGGAAUAUCAAAACUUACAAUCUUGGAGGAAUGGGUUGUAGUGCUGGCGUCAUCGCCAUUGACCUUGUUAAGGACUUGCUCCAAGUUCAUAGGAACACUUACGCUGUUGUGGUUAGCACAGAGAACAUCACUCAGAACUGGUACUUGGGCAAUAAGAAAUCGAUGUUGAUCCCCAAUUGCUUGUUCCGGGUUGGAGGGUCAGCGAUUUUGUUGUCGAACAAGCCAUCGGACAGGAGACAUUCUAAGUACAAGCUGGUCCACACUGUCCGAACACAUAAGGGAGCUGAUGACAAGGCUUUCAAAUGUGUGUACCAAGAACAGGAUGGCAAUGGCAAGUCUGGAGUUUCUUUGUCAAAGGAUUUGGUGGCUAUUGCAGGGGAAGCCCUAAAGAUGAAUAUUACCACUUUAGGUCCCUUGGUUCUUCCGAUAAGUGAGCAGCUUCUCUUCUUCAUGACUUUGGUUGCUAAGAAGCUUUUCAAUGCAAAGAUCAAACCUUACAUACCUGAUUUCAAGCUCGCCUUUGAGCACUUCUGUGUUCAUGCGGGCGGUAGAGCGGUGAUCGACGAGCUUGAAAAGAAUCUGCAGCUUUCGGAUACGCAUGUGGAAGCAUCUAGAAUGACAUUGCAUAGGUUUGGCAACACUUCUUCCAGCUCCAUUUGGUAUGAAUUGGCUUACACCGAGGCUAAAGGCAGGAUGAGGAAAGGAAAUCGGGUUUGGCAGAUUGCUUUCGGGAGCGGGUUCAAGUGUAACAGCGCGGUCUGGGUGGCUCUCCGCAAUGUCAGACCCUCGGUUAAUAGCCCUUGGGACGAUUGCAUCGGUCGAUACCCGGUUAAGAUUGAUCUUUGACUCACCCAAAAUCAUUUAGAUUGGUUUAAGAUUAUGGUCGGUCCAAAUAUACAUAUACUACUUAGUCUCUACUAUUUUUCUUCUUACACUAUGCCUCUUCUAUGAAGGGUUUUAUCACAUUGCCAUGUUAGGUUGAUGAUUGUCAUGGCUCUCUUCUUCUCUUUUUUUCCCUACGUGAUCAAGAAAUCUUAUGAAUGGCUGUUGAAGCAUUAAGGUUUGUAACUGUAUUGAUGCAUAUAUACGAGUGUAUAUAUAGUUUGCAAGUAAUAAAAGAG